UGAAGUCCACACGUCUUAAAGUUGCCAAGUUUGGAGACCUCUGCUUUAGAGUUUGAGAAGAAUUGAGAACGGAGAAGAAAUGGAUCUCCUCAUUUUCCCCCUUGGGGAUCCCGAGAUCUAGAACUCCGGGUUCCUUGGAAACACAGCUCGCCCUGUGUCAAGCGAUGUCUGGGACAACCAUUUCCUCCUUAUCACCCUCAUCCUCCCAAGUCUUGAAUGAGGCUUGUAUGUCUGUUUGAUUAACACCUUUCAUCUCUCUCUAACCCACAUUUUGUAGAACUUUGAAACGUGAAGUAAUGCCCAGUUGUGUACGUUGGUUGUAACUUAACCUGGCUUCACUCUUGUAUGAUUUUUAUUUUUAUUAUUUUAAACAUAUUUCUCCCUCCCAUCUCUCCUCCCCUCCUCUCCCCAACAUGCGUGCUGCUGGUUUUAAAUCCCGUGCCAUUACACCUCUGUGGUUUUAGUUUUAGCUGGCCUAUCCGAAGAGUAGCCAGUAAUGCUCUUGUUUUACACUUUGCAGGACCGCAGGGGAAGCCGGCUGCGUAUUUCAUGGCCGGCCCUGAGCAAGACCGAAGGCCUGGGCCCACCCCUGGCUUGCCGUUGAACAGUCCGCAGCCCAGUCCACUCGGAGGAGAAACUGACUUCUUUGGGCGGGGCGGCCUCUCCAGCAACAGCUCCUUCCACAGCAGCAGCGAAGGCGAAGGGACCGACCACGAGGGAGACCUCUUGGACUGCAGCGGAUCCAGACCUCUGCUGAUGGACUCGGAAGAGGAAGAGGAGGCUUGCAAAAUGAACCCCCCUCUCCAGGAAAGGGAGAGGGGUUCCCAGAAGGACUUGAGCCUCCAACCAUCUCCAGGGCCACCUCUGUUCAACGCCUUCCCACCACGGCCCGCGGAAAUGCCCGAAGGAGACACCGACGUGUUUUCCACGGCCCCUUUCCGAAGCUCUAGAAGCUACUGCGAUGAGUUGGACAUUUUCACGAAGGCCCCGUUUCUCUCCAAAAGCCAAGUCUUCUCUAAGCAGCUGGAUGACGGCGACGUGUUCCUCAGAGCACCCUUCACCAAGAGGAAGAGCCAGGAGGAGCUGGCGGCUCACAGUGUCGUGAAAGAACCUCCGGCCACCGGGCCGUUCCUGGGCUCCGCUGAAGUUGCUCAGUACCCGCGUGGCCCUACACUCCAGAACCUGGACGUGGGAACCCAUGGCUCCCGUCCUCCCCAAGGCCAGUAUUCGGGGGCCUCAUCGCUUCGGCCCUCGAGAGCAACAGUUGAUGGCCCAGAGGCCCACCCUCCCAAAGGCGGCGCCUCUGGAGAACUGGGCCCCGUUACCCAUGAUGCACUCCAAAGGCACGUGGGCCUCCAGGAAGGCUUCUUGGCAUCCAAGACCAGCCCGCCUUUCCACCCACGGUCCUUAGCGAAGUACUCCCGCCACUACAGUCCAGAAGGCGGGCACGGGGCCGAUGCCCAACCCAUCGCGGCAUACAAAGUUGUAUCUCAGACCAACAAGCAGGUGAUAGCCGGGUCGGUCUCUAUCGCCUCUAUUUCUUCCAGGACUAAAGAACUGCCCACCACUGACCCAUUUGCGUCGGCCCCCUUUCCUUCCAAACAGGGGAAGCCGAAACCCUAA